AUGAUUGUCCACCUCCGAAGUUACAUGUUAAUUUGGCCAGCGUCACGAAGCUUUAAAGGCUUGCUCCAGCUAGUCGCAACGAUGCACAGGAUAUUAAAGAUAUGUUUCAAAACCUGUUUCCGGCAAUCAAAAAUCCGGAUCCUUCGUGGCACAAUGCUCUUCCGAUAUCUCACCCAAAAGGACUGCUGGAAAGCGCCAAAACGAUCUUAUAUGGAGAUUGGAAAGGGUAAUUUUAUAGUCUUAUCUAGCCCAAUUAUUGAGAAGUUAUAUCUUCAUUACAAACAGCUGUUUCUAGCGGCUCUUCGUCAUUUUACGGAGCUUUUUACAAAAAACGCUCUGGAGGAGAAAAUUCCAGCCAGAGAGCUUGAAGAGAUAAAAACAUAUUUGAAUAAAUUAGCGUUAUGCGUUGGAUUUGACAAUCCUAAGAUCCAGAAGAUUAGGGAUAAUCCCAACGGCGAAAAAAGGGGGUCAGAGUAUAGUCUCCGAAAAGCUACAUUUGUCGAAUGGCGUAGUGGCAUACCUUUCACCAAAACUUACCUGGAAUUAAAGUUAACGGGUUUUUUAUACCGAAUUAAACAUUGGCCGCAGGGUAUGGCUACGACUCCCUUACUCGUUUUUAGUGAUAUUAUAAACGGCUUUUUUCGCACUAUUCCUUUCGAAAAAGAUUUGUCGCUCCCAGGAAUGGCAUUUAAGGGUUCUACCGGGGGAGCUAUCCGUAAUUAUAUUUACUUUAAUCCGUUGGGACCUAUCGCAAGUCCUGCUUUAUUAUUCGCAUCGGUUUCCGAUGGCGAAACAGGAAUUACAAUUAACACCCUAACAUUGCCCGGCCCAGCAGGAAUUAUUAUGGGGAUAGAAAACUAUAAUGCGGCGGACCUAUGCACAAAGCUCGCCCAAAUUGGUAAUCUACCACCGGCACGAAUAUCGUUGGAUCCAAUCCUAAACGCAAAUUCUAUUCCAUUAUUCGCAUCGGUUUCCGAUGGCGAAACAGGAAUUACAAUUAACACCCUGACACUGCCCGGCCCAGCAGGAAUUAUCAUGGGAAUAGAAAGCUAUAAUGCGGCGGACCCAUGCACAAAGCUCGUCCAAACUGGUAAUCUGCCACCGGUACGAAUAUCGUUGGAUCCCAACCUAAACGCAAAACCUGCCCAAACCAGUUUUGUUACAUUGGGACCGAUAACAGCGUAUUUUAACAAUUUGGAAAACCCCGGUUCAUCACUUACGCCGCCAUCAGAUCGCACGACCAUUGCUGCCUCGCCGAUACUGGAAAACAUGCAGGCUGCAAAUAUCAGGAACUGGCGUGGAAACCAUAAUGUUCUUGAGCCGACACUACAGACAAUAUCUAAUAAAUAUGUUAGUAAUAUAUAG